AUGUCACUCCUACAGUUGGAAACCUCUCUAUCCAAAAUAAGCAACGUAAGCCAGUUGAGGCAGCUCCAUGCCCACCUCUUUCAAAAGUCCGUCCACCACCAAAACCACUGGGUCUCAUUCCUCAUCAACCAAUGCACGCGCCUCCGUGCACCGCCACCCUACACCCGUCUCAUCUUCGACUCCACCCCUCACCCCAACAUCCAUGUCUUCACCUCCAUGCUCCAAUUCUACGCUCCUUUGGGCAAUGUCUACUCCAACCAAGUUGUUUCACUCUAUCAACAAAUGCAGCGCCGUGAGGACAUAUGGCUCGGUACCUUUGUGUACCCACUUUUGAUCAAAUCCUCCGGCCUUGCCGGCAUUGCGUUCCACGCGCAUGUUGUGAAGCUGGGUCUUGUUUCUGAUCGAUAUGUUCGCAAUGCCGUUAUGAGUGUGUACUCGAAAUAUGGGCCGGUUGAGCAUGCCCGGAAGGUGUUCGAAGAAAUGCCUGAGAGGAGUUUGGUGGAUUGGAAUAACAUGGUUUCUGGGUAUUGGAAGUGGGGGGAUAAAGUUGAAGCGUGUAAGCUGUUUGAUAUGAUGCCUGAGAAGGAUGUUGUUUCUUGGACUGCUAUGGUUACAGGGUACGCUAGGAUGAAGGAUUUGGAGAAUGCGAGGAGGUGUUUUGAUGAUGUUCCGGAGAAAAAUGUGGUGUCGUGGAACGCAAUGCUCUCGGCUUAUGCUCAGAAUGGAUGUCCUGAGGAGGCUUUGAGGUUGUUUGAUGACAUGAUGGAUUCUGGAGUUCAACCAAAUGAAACCACAUGGGCAGUUGUCAUUUCAGCGUGUUCGUCGUGUGGUGAUAGUUCUGUUGUAGACUCGUUUAUCCAAAAGCUCAAUCAGAAGCGGAUGCAUUUGAGUUAUUUUGGGAAAACUGCGAUGCUUGAUAUGUAUGCAAAGCGUGGGAGCAUCGAGAGAGCUAGAGAAGUUUUUGAUGAAUUGGGGGUGUAUAAGAGCUCUGGUACAUGGAAUGCUAUGAUAUCAGCAUAUGCAAGAGUUGGGGAUUUGACUUCAGCUCGAGAGCUCUUUGAUAAAAUGCUGGAAAGAGAUGUCAUCUCAUGGAACUCAAUGAUAUCUGGUUAUGCUCAGAACGGACAGUCCGCUCUUGCUAUUGAUCUCUUUAAAGAUAUGACUGCUUCUAAUAACCCCAAACCAAAUGAAGUCACUAUGGCAAGUGUUAUCUCAGCAUGUGGCCAUCUUGGAGCAUUGGAAAUAGGAAAUUGGGCCGUCAACUUUCUCACGAAACAUCAUAUCAAUCCAAGUAUAUCAGUUUACAAUUCUUUGAUAUCCUUGUACUCUAAAUGUGGAAGCAUGGAUGAUGCAAAGAGAAUAUUCGAUGAAAUAAAAAACCGAGAUGUGGUUUCCUACAAUGCAUUGAUUUCAGGGUUUGCGGCUCAUGGUCAUGGAAUGGAAGCUGUCAAGCUAAUGAUGAAGAUGAAAGAAGAAUUUUUGGAGCCAAACCGUGAAACAUAUAUUGGUAUUCUGACAGCGUGCAGCCAUGCCGGGUUGUUAGAAGAAGGUCAAAAGAUCUUUGAGUCAAUCAAAGAUCCUGAUGUAGAUCAUUAUGCAUGCCUGGUUGAUUUAUUAGGUCGGGUUGGUAAAGUAGAUGAGGCAAAAAAUAUAGUUGAUGGCAUGCAGAAAGAGCCCCAUGCUGGAGUUUAUGGAUCUCUUUUAAAUGCUAGCCGGAUUCACAAAAGAAUCGAUCUUGCCGAGUUUGCUGCAAGCGAGCUCUUUGAGCUUGAACCACAUAAUUCAGGAAACUACAUUUUGCUUUCAAACAUGUAUGCCUCUGCAGGCAGGUGGGAUGAUGUGGUGAGAGUUAGAGAAGCAAUGAGAAAUGCAGGUGUGAAAAAGGCAACUGGCUGGAGUUGGGUGGAAUACAAUGGUAAGAUGCACAAGUUCAUUGCAGGAGACAGAUCACAUGAGAUGUCGGAUGAAAUUUAUAGGCUAUUGGCAGAAUUGGGGAGGAAGCUCAGGAAUUCUGGCUACAUUGCUGAUAAGGCCUGUGUGCUAAGAGAUGUUGAUGAGGAAGAGAAAGAAGAGAUGGUGGGUACUCAUAGUGAAAAACUGGCGGUAUGCUUCGCUCUUCUUGUUACAGAACCAAAGUCAGUGAUUAGAGUGGUGAAGAAUCUGAGGGUGUGCAGGGAUUGCCAUACAGCUAUUAAGAUGAUCUCUAUGUUGGAAGGAAGGAAAAUUAUUUUGAGGGAUAAUAACAGGUUUCACCAUUUCAGUGAUGGACAAUGUUCAUGCGGAGACUAUUGGUAAUGUUUAAGAACCAAUCUGCCAUCGUCAUGUUAGGAUGUUUCAUUCAUCGAGUUAUCAAAAGUAAUCAGGAAUAUAAAAUGAAACCUAGAAACCCAGGCACUUACUUUGAUUUUUUGUUCUCCUCUCUGUUAUUAUAUCCGAGGAAAGUGGAUAUGGAGAAAGAUUGGAAUUUGGGAUGUUAAUUUCUGAAAUUUACUUU